AUGGAAGGCGAUUGGACGUUUUACAUUGAAUGGCAGCCCAGGGACCAGUUUUAUUACAUCAAGAGGAUCGAAUUCGGAUGUCCGCAAGAAGUGGAUGUGCAGAGAAACUACAGGAAUUUGAACUAUCCGCACUAUUGGAAGAUCUCCACUGGAAUCGUUUUGGAGAAAGAGCUGAAGCCUCUGGAUCCAGAACCUUACUAA